AUGAAAUAAGAAGCACCCGAGCUAAAGAGCGGAGGUAAAUUAGACAGCUGCGGCGCUCUCUAGCCUUUCUCCGUUCACAUCAAGGAAUAUAUAUUUUUUCCGACAGCAGAAUAAGCGUGCCGCAUUUCGGAAAUCCUGAAAACUUCUCUUUUACGGGCUGGGUGUGCCAUGGUGGGAUCCUGCCUCUAACAGCGAGUAUCCUCUGCCUCCCACCCCCACCCCCACCCUCGCCUGUGGCCCUGAGAGAGCCGGGGCUCUGAUGACAGCAGUGAGGAACGCACUAGACCUGCCAUGGCCAGCGCAGCGGACGGUUUAGGGAGUCUGGGAACGGAGCAGGCCCACCUCAGCGUGCCUGUGGCAGACCCUGGUGCCUGGGCCACUGCCAUGAACAACCUGGGCAUCGUACCCAUGAACCUCAGUGGCCAGCAGCUAGUAUCAGAUCCCAUCUGUAUCCCAGGAUUCGACCCCAGUCUGGGCAUCAUCACCCCCAUCAACCCCAUGAUGGCAGGAAUCAGCCUGGUGCCCCCCCCUCCAGUGGCUCCGGAAAUCCCCGUCAUCAAGGAGAUUAUCCACUGCAAGAGCUGCACGCUGUUUCCACAGAACCCCAAUCUGCCCCCUCCCUCUACCAGGGAGAGACCCCCAGGGUGCAAGACCGUGUUUGUGGGGGGGCUGCCCGAAAACGCCAGUGAGGAGAUCAUCCGGGAGGUGUUCGACCAGUGUGGUGACAUCGUCGCCAUACGCAAGAGCAAGAAGAACUUCUGCCACAUCCGUUUCAGCGAGGAGUUCAUGGUAGACAAGGCCAUCUACCUGUCUGGGUACCGGAUGCGCAUUGGUUCAAGCACUGACAAGAAGGACUCGGGGCGCAUACAUGUGGACUUUGCCCAGGCACGGGAUGAUCUGUACGAGUGGGAGUGCAAGCAGAGGCUGCUGGCCCGUGAGGAGCGCCAUCGACGCAAAAUCCACGAGGAUCGCCUGCGGCCUCCCUCACCCCCUCCCAUAAUGCACUACUCCGAACACGAGGCAGGACUGCUGGCUGAGAGACUGAAAGAUGACAACAAGUUCAGUGAAGCCACGGCAGUGCUUCUGACCUGGAUUGACCGCGGCGAGGUCAACCGCCGCUCGGCCAAUCACUUCUACUCCAUGAUCCAGUCGGCCAACAGCCACGUACGUCGCCUGAUGAAUGAGAAGGCCCUGCACGAGGAGGAGAUGGAGCUGGCCAAAGAGCACUUCAAGAAUGCCCUGCUGUCCAUCCUCACACAAUUUGAGCAGAUUACGGCCGUUUUCACCGCCGCCACCAGGCAAAAGGCAUGGGACCAUUUCUCAAAAGCGCAGCGCAAGAACAUAGACAUGUGGCGAAAGCAAUGCGAGGAGCUGCGAAAUGCGCACAGUGAGGAAAUCAUGGGGAUACGCAGGGAGGAGGAGAUGGAGAUGUCUGACGAUGACUCGGAUGAAAACCCCUGUAAGAAAAUGCGUCUGGAUGAGUCAGCCCUGGCUGUGCAGACCUAUGCCCUGCGGGAGGAGAACGACAGCCUGCGAUGGCAGCUGGAUGCCUACAGGAACGAAGUGGAGCUGCUGAAGCAGGAGCAGGGCAAGGCCUGCCGGAGCGAGGAGGAGCACACCCAAGAGCAACAGCAGCACUUCCUGCAGCAGGCCCUGCAAAACAUGCAGCAGCAACUGCAGGGCCUCCAGGCAGAGCUAAAGAGCAAAGAGCUGGAGCUGGAGCGGGCCAGGGAUGAACAUAGGAGCCUGGAGGGGGAGCUCACUGCCCUGAAGGAGAAGCUGCUGAACUGUGUGGACAGUGCAGAGAUGAACAGCACGGAGGCACCCGAGAAGGGAGUGAAUGGAUAUGCGGCUAUCCUCCAUCACAAUCAAGAAAAGAGCAGAGAGGCAGUCGUCCGUGGCCCUCUGAAGUCAGAGAAAGAGGCUUUGUUACUUGGGAUCAUAUCCACUUUUCUUCAUGUCCACCCCUUCGGAGCCAACAUUGAGUAUCUGUGGUCCUAUAUCCAGAGGCUGGAUACGAAGGUGUCGGCGGGCGAGCUGGAGCGGCUCAUGGUGAGGCUGCCGCGCAUGUUCAAGCAGGAGUUCAGCGGCGUGGGAGCCACCCUGGAGAAGCGCUGGAAGUUCUGCGGCUUCGAGGGCAUCCAGUCUGUGUGACCUGAGCAGGGCGGUGCGUCCGUGCGGACUCCGGGGAGGGGCGGGGCCCACUCACUGUGUCCCCGGUAGGAGCGGAAUGCUCACGGGGACCGUAAGAAAGGCCGCGCUGACCUCUUUACAGACACUGACUGCUGUCUGCAGGAAUACUGAACGGAAAGCAUCGCAUGAAGCCAGGAUCGAUGUAUUCGAUGUGUAAGAGUUUUCAACAGACUUCUGGCUGAUUUCCUCUUACUGUCUACAGGAGAGUCAGCCAAGGCUGGAAGGAGAUUUACAAGAGCACAGUGCUGCUCGAAUAUGACUAUAGACAGGGGUAAGGCUACACAGAUUUCAGGACAUGUUUGCACUCCUGAUCAAGACAUAAAAUCUGUGCUCUUAAAAGGAUGUUCAUGGAAGGAGAAGCCACUCUUCAAAGAACCAUGCUUUUCCAAGAUGUGCUUCAAUUAUCAAACUACUGCAGCUAGUGAGAACA